AUGCCGCCAGACCUAAAUAUUCCUAGAUUUCCAAUGCAAGGCCUAGAAGAUCCGCUCAAGGCGACCAGGAUCCAGCAGACCCCACCAGACAAUUCUAAGGCCAUGAACCAUGGCGUAGAAGAGACGAUGACGGAAGCCGAGCUUUCACUGGACAAAGGGGAUUCAGUAACAUCAUUUCCGAAUGUUGACACUUCGACAUUGCCCACUCCACCCGCGUCACAGGAUCCCAGCACAGGCUCUCCUUCAGAGGAAGCUCUAGAUUCUGUCUCGCUGGAAACAAACACCAAUACUUGGCCAUACGAAUAUCAAGCCGGAAGGGAAGAAGGAAGAAUCGCUUUUCCCGUUCUGAACCCAGAGGAUCUCAGAAACGCCAAAACUUACCACGGCCCGAGUGGCACGAGUUCUCCACGGAAGAAUUUCCAACCCCUCGGUACGUUUGGCAUACUGGAUGAUGAAAAACGUUCGAGCAUUAUUCAGCUUCUAAGUCUACCACUUGUACGGGUACCAUGGCACGAAGACGCCGACUUGCUCCGUUCACUCCCCGGUCCCGACAUUCUUCACCACUUCACGGAUUUAUACUUUCUCCAUUUUCAUGAACUCUGGCCCAUAAUCCACAGGCCGACAUUCAAAGUCUCCGACGCACCCACGAUUCUGGUGCUGACAAUGGCCUGUGUGGGUUUCUCUCUUCUCCAGUGUCUGUUGUUGAGAUUUGAGGAUAUCAAGUCUGAUAAAUGUCCGUAG